UACUCAUGAACAAUGUCAAGUUACACGAAACCUUUUCGGGAUUCCCAACAAUUGGAAAGCAGUUCACUGUUCAAAUGAUCUGGGAUCCGAUCAUGCACUGGAUUAUGAACUACACAUUGCUGAACAAGCAAAACAAAAUAUCUUAUCAACUGGCAAAAAAGAGGAAUUGCAAAGAGGAGAAUGAACUCUGAUCUUAACACCUUUCAUCUGACUACCGACUUCUCAUGAACAGCAGUACACAGAGCACUAUGAUCCCUGAUGCCUCAGGUGCAGUGGAGUUCUAUAAGGACAGUGACUCAGUGUUGUCUCUGGAUUCUAGUGUAUUCUUCAGUGAACCUCCUGCACCAAUAGAAAAUUCAUUGGACUUCUUCAUCAUCAAUGUUGGAGGGAGCCGGUACAUUUUGUCCCAGGAGCUGUUGGCCUCUCACCCAGAGACUCGACUGGGCAAGCUGGCUCUCUCCACCCGAGACUCAGCCUUAGACUUGUGUGAUGAUGCAGACUUUCUGGAAAAUGAGUUCUUCUUUGACCGCAGCUCCCAGACCUUUCAGUACAUAAUAAACUUCUACAAAACAGGUCAUCUGCAUGUUAGCGAGGAGGUAUGUGUGGUCUCCUUCCUGCAAGAAAUUGAAUACUGGGGCAUUGACGAGCUCCGCAUAGACCACUGUUGCAGGGAAAAAUAUUACCGUAGGAAAGAGAUGAAGGAAUCUCUGGAUAUCUGUGGGGAUGCUGAGACAAUGGAAAGUAAAGAGGAGGACUUUGAUGGUGUGCUGUGUCAAGACUUCCGGCAGCGUCUUUGGGAUCUCAUGGAGAAGCCAGACUCCUCAAAGGCAGCAAAGACAUUUGGAACAUUGUCUGUGUUCUUUGUGGUGGUGUCCAUUGUGAACAUGGCCCUUAUCUCUCUGGACUUCACUGUCCUUGGUGCCCCCAUCUUGGAUAUCCUUGAAUACAUUUGCAUUGUGUGGUUCACAGGGGAGCUGGUGCUCAGGUUCAUGUGUGUGAAGGAUAAAUGCAAGUUCAGUCGGAGUGUGGUGAACAUCAUCGACCUGUUGGCCAUCCUGCCCUUUUAUGUCACCCUUGCAGUGGAGAAUCUGCAUGGCGGAUCCACUGAGCUGGAGAACGUGGGACGGGUGGUGCAGGUUCUGCGGCUGAUGAGAUCUCUCAGGAUGCUGAAACUUGGACGCCAUUCAACAGGUCUGAAGUCUUUGGGCAUGACGAUUGCCCAGUGCUAUGAGGAGGUGGGUCUGCUGAUGCUCUUCCUCUCCGUGGGCAUCUCCAUCUUUGCCACGCUGGAGUACGCCAUCGAGCAUGACAUGCCUGAAACUACCUUCACAGACGUGCCCUGUGCAUGGUGGUGGGCCACCACCUCCAUGACCACCGUGGGCUAUGGUGACAUCAGGCCUGACACAGCCAUGGGCAAGGUCAUGGCCUUCAUCUGUAUCCUCUCAGGCAUCCUCAUCCUCGCCCUGCCCAUUGCCAUCAUCAACGACCGCUUCUCUGCCUGCUACUUCACGCUGAAGAUGAAGGAGGCUGCGUUGCGGCACGGCGAGGCGCUGAGGCGCCUGACGCGAAGCUCCGCCUCCGACGUGACGGCUGCGGGGCUGAACCUGCGUGACGCCUAUGCCAGGAGCGUGCUGGAGAUGUUGCGUCUGCAGGGCCGGGAGAGGGCUAGCACACGCAGCAGCGCUGCCGACGAAAUCUGGUGGUAGUGGGACAUGCUGGAAAAAGCAGUAGAGUGCAGUUGGGUGAUCAGCAAAAAUCUGAUACAUACAGUAAAUUAUACAUAUAUGUAUUUCAGUGUGAGCACCUACUCUGUAUACAGGUCUUUUUUUGUGUGUGGCAUAGAUUUGCUGUCUUCAGUGAGCAUCCGGUGUCAGUAGUGUUUGUGUAGUAAUGUUUUUCAGGUUUUUAUAUCUAUUA